AUGGAGAUCCAUGGCAUUGAGUUUGUAACAGUCACCCCUUUAUGGCCACAGGGCAACUCAGAAGCGGAGUUAUUCAUGAAACCAUUGCUUAAGUCCAUUCUAACAGCUCGAACACAGGGCCGAAAUUGGAAAAAAGAAUUAUUCACCUUCCUCCUGAACUAUCGAGCGACUCCCCACAGCACCACAAAAGUUGCCCCAGCCGAACUCCUGUUUAACAGAACAAUUCGCACCAAGUUACCACAACAAUACACUUCAUCAAAACCAAUCGACAAGCAUAUCAUGGCAAAAGAGAAUGAUCACAAUUCCAAAGGUCAAAUGAAAAGGUAUACUGAUCAGGCGAGGCACACAAAGAAGACUCUGAUUAACGUUGGUGAUUUGGUUAUAUAUAAACAACAAAAGAGGAACAAGUUUUCAACAAAAUUCAAUCCAGCCCCCUACAAAGUGAUCAAAGUCCACGGUGCCACAGUUACAGCCCAACGACACUCUCGUCAAAUUACCAGAAACAUAUCCUAUUUCAAGCGUCUUAACCUUGGUGAAAAAGAGCGACAAUACCAUCUUGAUGAUCAACUGUCAGAUGAAGAAGAGGAUGAGAUAGUAAGAAACGAACAGGAUCAAGAAAACGAAGAGGAUGCAAGAAGUAACCCUACAAGGGAUACUCGGCAAUUCUCAGUCAUUAACUUAUGA